AUGACCCCGUGGGUCAGGGUUAGGAUGGCCGCCAGCCUCCCUGGAGGAAGCGGCAGCGGAGGCGGCGCGGCGCAAAACUCAACGCCAACACUGCCGCCCGGCUUGCUGCAUCGUGUGGGACCUCUGGCAUUACCCGUUGCCCAGCGGCUGCCACCGUCUCUAGAACGACAUGCAUUACACGCCGGCGCCCUACGGGCUAUGCUGACAGAGGCAGUGGCAGCAGCAGCGGAUGCGGCGGCAGGAAAAGGCUCCGAAACCAAGGCCGCGCUGCACCGCCGCGGCGGCGUGUGCGCUUCCGCAGGAGAUCUGCUUCAUAAGCCCUUCGCCGACGGCGGCUUGGUGAACGGGCGAUACAGCAUCUGUACGUCCCCAGCGUUGUCGUCGUCAGCGGAAGUAGAAGUACCAGCGCAGGUGCCGGAGAUUGAGCCCGGCGACGCUGGCAAGCAUGGCGGCGGAUGUGGUGACGGCAGCGGUGACGACGACGGCGUGACGAGCUGGGAGAUCUCGAGGAGUUUGAGAGGUACAACUCCGCGGCGGUUUGGGUCCAUCAGCCGUUGGCCAACGGUGCGCGGGGUGGCAACGGCGGCGGGUGUUCGACGUCCGCGGACGUGUACGGCACGGGGGGCCCUGCCGCUGCGACCGAGACGGCGAUCGCUCAGUUGGAGAUUAGGCGCGUCUACCACCGCUGCAUCCAGGAGCACAACCAAGUAUUGGGUGGAUCCACGAAACGUACUGCGGGUCAAAACAACCGUCAUACGCCACCUGCCGGUGCUCAUCUUUGGCCGCAAGUCGUGCGCACUGCUGCCCCUGGAGCCGCUGAGAGCUGGUGCCGCCGCCGCCGCCGCAACCGGUGCUGGCAGCUGCACGAACGCCGCUCCCCCCAUAGGGGACCCCUGGAGAGCACCUGCGGGUGUACUGCAGCCUAAGGCGCCAUCGCCCACGUCGCCGGCGGAGGGCUUUUCGGCGCUGGCGAAUGGGCCUUGGUCGACGCCGUCGACGCCGAUGCCGGCGGCGAAGGCGGCGACGGCACCAGUGCAGCUGACGCGGCAAUUGCUGGCGCAGUACAUGUACGACAGUUCCAAGAUCACUUCGGUUUAUUUUGAUAACAAGCAACUCGAUGUGUACCACGAGCGGUUGGCUCGGGGUGACGGCGCCAGUCUGGUGCGUAUAAGGUGGUACGGCGUGGAUGAGCCGGCUCCGGAGCAGGGUGUGUUUGUGGAGCGUAAGAAGCACCGCGACGCCUGGACAGGGGAGUGCAGCCUCAAGGAACGCGCUCAGUUGCUGCAUCGUGACGUGCCGGCGUACUUGACGGGAUUGCAGCUGCCAGCCAUGCAGCCGCCGACCCACGGGUCAGCAUCACCAUCGCCGCAGCCGCCACCGCCUUCAUCAGCCAACUCUCAAGCCGCCGCAAAGGCCGCCGCGUUCCUGCGCGAAGUCCAGGCCAACCUCAUGCAGCGGAAUCAGGAACCGUUCCUACGUACGGAGUACCGCCGUACAGCUUUCCAACUGUCCAGUACGAACGCCGUACGGAUUAGCCUGGACACGCAAUUGGUCAUGACCCGGGAGCAGGGUGCAUCCCGGGCACCCGGAGGCUGGCACAGAGACCCAAGCCUUGCCGUUCGGCGUGAGGAUAUCGUACGAUUUCCGUAUGCCGUACUCGAGAUCAAGCUGCAGAACGAGGACACCUGCCCCGCUUGGGUACUGGCUCUACGGGAGAGCGGUUUGCUCGUUGAGGCUCCCAAGUUUUCAAAAUUCCUGCACGGCAUGGCGCUGCUGUACCCUCAGAAGCUCCGAAACACGCCUCAUUGGUUUCUGCCCGACCACCACCACCACCACCGGCAACAGCAACAACAUCCGCACCAGCAUCAGCACCUAGGUGGUUCCGGAGCUCCAGGCUCUCGAAUCAGAUCUGGAUCCGCAGCCGGUCUGUCGCAGUCGUCCUCCGCCGGAUCCAGCUGGAUCCGUACGGCACUGUGGCUGCGAGGCAACCGGGCUUUCAGCCGCUCCGUAACUGCGGGUGGGGCCCCGCCGCCCGUGUUUGGGGCUACUGGUGGCGGCGGGAGCAGCGGCGGGGCGGGAUUGAGUUUGGGUUUCAGAUCGGGAAGGUCUGUACCGGGUGGCGGUCCCGGCGCCAUCGUCGCUAUGAGUCCAGCCACGAUUGAGGAGUUGGCAGAUACGGGCGACAAGUACGCGGAGGUUACGCAGAAGCCGCAGCGGACACCCGAGGUCCCUCAAUGGCUGUUCCCCGCCAACAUUCGGCCCGACCAAGCCCAAGAUAUCAUUCCAGAUUCAGAUUCAGAUCCGGAUUCCGGUUUGGCUGCCGUACGGGGAGGUCUGCGCGCUGGUGGCCAACGUGACGUGGAUCCAGCCCGUACAAUUCGCGGAUCCUCCACAUCCCUGCGCCAUCAGCCACUCCAUACCGGUGCCGUACAGGGCGCACACUCGGGCCUUAUCCGCAGGGGCGUGGGAAGCGGCGGCGGUGGCGAUCACGUGGCGGUGUUGGUGGGCCCCCCACGGCACGGAGGGCCCGACGACUCCGACUCGUCCCACAACAGUACGAAAAAGAGCGGCAGCCGCAAUAACAGCCGCAGCAGCAGCGACCUAAGUCGCCCGAGCAGUGUCCGGAGUAGCUACCUGCCAACCGUAGAAGCACGUACCUCCGUAGGGCCCGCAGCCGCGGCCACAAUGACCCGUGGGUCGCCCGCGUCUUCGCGGGGCGUUGCCGGCGCCGCCGGCGCCACCGGCAUCGCCACCGACGCCAUGGAAGGCGUCAGUGGCGGUGGCGUCAUCGGCGGCGCCACCGCUGUCACGGCAAUCGGGCGCGGCAUGAGCGCCGGCGGCGGCGGGGCCGAUGUGCCGUACUCCGCCAGCGCCAUCUCGCCGCUCCCGCUGUCCCUUGCGACCGUUCCCUCGCACAGCGUUAUCUUGUCGAGCUCCAGGUUCAAGGCACUAGCCGCCAAUGGAAAGGACACCACCGAUGUGUACGGCAGCCGCAGCAUGAGCGCCGGUGGCGUCAGCGGUAGCAAGAAAUGGCCUCCACGCUUCCGCCGGGGCGGCGUAACCAAGUCACUAAAGUCGCUCCUACAGAGCCAUGCGGGCCGCGUAUCGCCGCCUUCGUCCCGCACUGAAGGGCCGUUGCCCGCUCAAGCCUCUGGCGAGGCAAUGGGCGGCUCCUGGGCAGCUGCCAAGUGGGCUUCGCUUCGAGGACGUGGAAGCGGCUUCGGUGGCGGUGGAGGCGAUGUGGAGAACGGCGGGAGCGGCUACGAGCUGCCUCGCGCGGCAGCAAUGGUGCGGACGCGGGUCGAACCGAAGACUUUCUUCGCCGCCGAGCGAACCUUCCUGUCGUGGCUAAACAUUGCCGUACUUGUAAUGUUUACGUCGCUGAGCCUUAUGGCGGACCGGUUGACGGUUUUUGGUCCCCAGCCGGGUGCAACUGCCGUACCACUCCCGGACGGAACCGUUGUAGAGCAGGCGCUUACCGACACUGGCAAUGUCGUACAACGACAGCCUGCCUGCCCGGGUGGCAUUUGCCACGCUAGCCAGAUCGCCGGCAUGGCAAUGGCCCCCGUCGCGAUGGCCUUCAUGCUGUAUGCGCUGUACAUGUACCGCAAGCGUAGCGCGCAGAUCUUGCGCCGCGAGUCCGUUCGGUACGACGACCAGCGGGGCCCGGUACUGCUCACAUGCAUGCUCUUGGUCGUACUGGUGAUUGCAUACGUACUAACGGUCAAAUCCGUUUCAUGA